AUGCCUCGGUAUUACUGUGACUACUGCGACACAUAUUUGACCCACGACUCUCCAUCUGUUAGAAAGCAGCACAAUGCAGGUUACAAGCACAAGGCAAAUGUGAGGACCUACUACCAGCAAUUUGAAGAACAACAAACACAAAGUUUAAUUGAUCAGAGGAUCAAAGAACAUCUUGGGCAAGCUGCAGCAUUUCAGCAGGUAGGUGUGGCUUAUAAUCAUAUGAUGGUUCAGAGGCCAAAUCUUCCUCCUGUGCUGCCACCACCAAGACUGCCCAUUCCUGGAAAUGCACAAGUACCUGGAAGCCAACCACUAAUGCCAGGGAUGAGACCACCUGUCUUUCCUAGACCUCUUCCUGGGGCACCAGCAUAUGGUUCUGUACCUACCAUGCCUCCAAUGUUACCCCCACCUGGUGCUCCCCAGGUACCAGGUCAACUAAAUACCCUACCAAGGCCUCCUUCAUUAGCUCCCCCUCCAGCUGUUCCAGGUAGCGCUGCUGCCCCUGCUUCCAAUGGUGCUCCCUCUAUGGUAUCGUCAGCAAUGUAUCAAGCCAAUCCACCUGCACCAUCAUCUGGAGGUUAUGAUAAUUACAAUGCCAGUGCUCAAGCACCUGAGGGCAAUCACUGA